GUGCUACAUACAGCUGCAUUGCAAAAAUAUCUGCCAUACUGCCAGGCACAAAAUGGUACUACAAAGCAUGUCGAAAUUGUAAAGUGGGAUAUGGAAGCAUUUCAGAAGAACCAAGAUGUGAUUGUGCAGCUUCACAGCCAAUGCCAAUGUACAAACUUCUUAUUACCAUUACAGAUGAUACUGGAAGCAUAGACACAAUAGCUUUCUCUUUCAUAGCUGAAGACUUGGUAGAACGUAGUGCAUAUCAUGCUUCUCAAAACAUGAAAAUUGACGCAACAGAGCAUGUAGUUGCUCUAGAUAAAGCAAUUGGAAAAACUAGACUCUUCUACAUAGGAAUGAGCACUAAUUCGUCCUCAACUUUUUCCAUCAAAUAUGUCUUGAGGAAGAGUUUUCCAAUAGAGAAUCCAAGUUCAAGUUCAAAGGAUCCAACUCCACAGGCAACACCUGUCAUGACAGCACUACCUUCUCCACCUCCAAACACAGGAUCUGAAAGCUCAAGCGCAAAGAGAUCAUUAGAUUUCAAAGAUGACAUAGAAUGCAAUGAAAAAGAGCAAACGACUACCUCCCAGACUCUUCCAAAACGUCAAAGACCAGAGUACUACUCUCUUCAACACAUCUACAUUCAUUUUUUAAAAUAGACAUUUAUAAUAUUGGUUUGAAAUGUACUUGCAGAUAACAAUACAACGGAACACUUGGUACAAGCUCUUUGCAGAGAGGCAUUGCAGAGAGGCAUCUCUGAUGCUCGACUACAUUUUCCUAUAGUGCUUUUACAAUAAUACUUUAAUAAGCUUUCAUGUUUGCGGCACUCUAAAUCUCUUAUUUAUGUCAAAACUGAACUUCAUAGAAGCACUGUAUUUUUGUGUACCUAUUUCUGAAUCUGAACAUACUAAAAGUUGAAGAGUGACCAUGGGAUGCAUAUUCAGUAUUA